CUCCAUUGACCAUUUGACUUUUCAUGAGAAGCUCAAAAUGUUCCUUGGCUUCUUCAAAGGUGUAGCACAACUUGACUCCAUCCGAUCCGGCAGAUUCGAUAGGUUUCAAGACCACAGGGUAGGAUUCCGUCCUCAAAAAUUCUUCCACAUCUUCAAAUUUGUCACCACCGGCUUGUCGGACGGAGCGAAGUCCGGCGGCUUUGAUGAGUUCCUGCUGAACUUUUUUGUCGCGACGAUUGGGGAUUUCGGUUCCAUUGGUCCGAAGGCCCAAGUGCUCGGAGAGCUUAUCCGCCAAAUCCACUCCUGCUUCGCCUCCGGCAAUGCAGGCCACCAAGUUGAUGUCUCGAGCCGUUUCUCGUACCAAUGCCCCGGUUGCAGCCAAUGUCUUGGCUUCAUCCAGUUGGGCAAACCAAUGCAAUGUCCCACAGGAUUGUGGGACGUGACUCUUCAUGGCUUCCGCGAAUCCAUCCGACCAGAGAGCGACAAUCUGAUAUCCUCGCUUGGAGAUUUCUUGGGCAACCAAACAUCCUGUCGAGUAGGGAUCGACAAUGACUACCAAGCCUUCCAUGGCUUCUUCAGCGAUCAGGUGUGGUGGAGGAACUUGUUGGGGAGGCAUUUUCUUUUUAUUGGUGCUAUUUUUCGGAGGUCUGGUUGUUGAGAAUUGUUUUCAGCAAUCUAUGAGAAAGGAGGGUGCUCCCGUAGGCAAUAUUUUUCUAAUCGCCUUCCGAAACGCUGACGACGAAAAUGGAAUCUGAGCGGAUCUCACUGGCUAGCUAGAAGCUUGGUGGUACCUCCUACUCCUCGUACUUGAUAGAUAAACCAGCACUCUUGAUGGGAAUGCGACAUGUAACUUUCGAUGAAACACCUACACCUUUUGUUGCACUUGUGGUUUAGUGUGCCGUCAGCAUUUGUGGGGAUCUGUGAUGGGACCGGAAGAUCCAGAUUGGAUUUACAAGAGGCGUGCAAGUACACAACUUUACCGGAAGCAUCAUUCGUGCAUGUGACGAGAGCUGUGGAGCAAUGUGAACCAAUAAACUCGCAAGGAUAGCCACUCCGACUGAUGCGCACUGUUUUGGCCCGAACAGGUCAGUAGAUCUAUGAUACUAGCUAAUACGCAAAAGAUUGAGAAUGCAAUUGGAACGAGAAAGAUACCCCCGAUCCUCGCUUUUCUAAAACUACAUGUACCAGUAACUAGCGAAUUGGAUGGAUGUGGAGGUAGCACAAAAGCCAAAAGAACCAAGAAGAUAACCGGGCCAAAACACUCCCAAGACUUGCAAGUUGACUCCGACGAGAAUACAAAAACAAACCAUUGGCAGUCAUCAAAGAACCUCAGCUCUACAGGACCACCAACCACAAAUAUUUUUUGUUUUUGUUUAUCUGAACAUCUGAACCAACACAGAGAAAAUCAUCAUGGGAGGAUCAAGUGCCGUCAAGCGAUGUGGACUCACAGAGCAAAUCAUCUUUGUGAUUGCUAUUGCUUCUGGAACCGCCUGUUCCAUCUGUUCCAAAGUCAUGAUGCAGAUGCACGGGGAGGGGAUCGGAGGUGAUACGGAAAUUUUUGGCAAGCCAAUCUUUCAAACAUUUGGCAUGUUUGUGGGAAUGCUUUUCGGUAUGGUGAUGCACUAUGUUGUCAUUCUUUUCAAGAUCCCCUUUCCAGGCUAUGUACACGGAGAUAAUAAUGAUAAGACAUCCAUUGCUGCCAAUGGUGCUACCUAUGGAGCGAUUUCUUCGGCAGAAGAAGGCGAUGCUCUGUUGAAAAACAAAGAUGCAGAAAAGGCAACAAAACAACUCUCGAAAGAUGUUCCUGGAUGGAUGUACUUCUUUUUGGCCAUUCCAUCCCUUUUCGAUCUGAUAGCCACUGCCCUGUGCAUGAUGGGUCUCGUCUAUCUGGAUGUCAGUGUGUACAUUUUGUUGCGAGGAUCUGGAAUUAUCUUUAUUGCCCUGAUGAAACAAUAUGCCUUGGGUGAUCGGUUGUACACGUUCCAAUGGGUAGGUGUUUGUUGGAACGUAUUCAGCGUCAUUUUGGUGGGUAUGACAGCAGUGCUCAACUCUCAAGAUGAAUCUCGAAGUGUGACGCCUGCCCAAUCCAUAUUGGGAGUGGUCUUGGUAAUGGCGGGAGCCUUUGUCCAAGCCUUGCAAUUUGUUUUUGAGGAAAAGGUCAUGCACAUGGAGGAUACUCCAGCUCCACCACUGCUUUUGGUGGGAAUGGAAGGCGUCUGGGGUACGGUUCUAUGUCUCCUGGUGGUGUAUCCCAUUGCCUACAUGCUGCCUGGCGAUGACCAUGGUUCCUACGAAGAUCCCUUCAAUACUUGGUACAUGUUCCUCCACAAUACACCCAUCCAAUGGUCCUUCGUAGUUUACUUUGUGACCAUCUUCAGCUACAAUCUAUUUGCCAUUUUGGUCACCUACAUGCUCAACAGUGUGUGGCAUGGCAUUUUGGAUAACUUCCGUCCCGUUACAGUGUGGGUGACUGAUUUGUUGAUCUUUUACGUCUUUGUCAAGGGCAAUGGUGAUUUUGGAGAGCCUUGGACGCAGUAUUCUUGGAUCCAGGUCGGGGGUAUGUUUAUUCUGCUCUAUGGAACGGCUGUCUACAAUGCUCCCAACCCUGGCUGCGUCAAGAUGGAUGGUUCUUGGUAUGCCUUUGGAAUCAAUUUGCAGAAGGAAUACGACGCACUAGAGGAAGAAAUGAAGCAGGCAGAAGCGGAUGACGAGUGGGCUCAACGAGCAAAAGAAUUCAAGGAGCGACGAGAAUCGUCCUUCAUUAUAUAAUUUAUAUGCAUCAGCACCUCGAAAUGGGGCUGCUGAGGCGACUACAGUAAAAAACUAGGCCCAAUUCACACUGU